AUAUAUAGUCCAUCCGGGUUUUUUGAGAUGCUGUUUGGCGACUCGUCGCCAUUCUCGGAGCAGGUCGGCCUCGGCCCAGGGGCGAGUAUCCGUCGCUGUGUCGGAGACACUGGUCCCCGACACCAAGACAGCCAGCCCUCUCCCUUGCCUCGCGGCGGGAGAGCGUGUCCGGCUGGCCGGCCGGCGGGGCUCGCGCACCCUCCCUCGCCUCCCCUUCCCCCGCAGCCUCCGCCCCGCCAGGCCCGGCCCGGACUCCCAAGCCCCGGCCUCCUCGUCCUAGGUCGCCGCUGCUGCCGGGCUUAACAGCCCCGUCCGCCGCUUCUCUUCCUAGUUUGAGAAACCAAGGAAGGAAACAGGGAAAAAUGUCGCCAUGAAGGCCGAGAACCGCUGCCGCCGCCGACCCCCGCCGGCCCUGAACGCCAUGAGCCUGGGUCCCCGCCGCGCCCGCUCCGCUCCGACCGCCGUCGCCGCCGAGGCCCCCGUUGAUGCCGCUGAGCUCCCCCAACGCCGCCGCCACCGCCUCCGACAUGGACAAGAACAGCGGCUCCAACAGCUCCUCCGCCUCUUCGGGCAGCAGCAAAGGGCAACAGCCGCCCCGCUCCGCGUCGGCGGGGCCGGCCGGCGAGUCUAAACCCAAGAGCGAUGGAAAGAACUCCAGUGGAUCCAAGCGUUAUAAUCGCAAACGUGAACUUUCCUACCCCAAAAAUGAAAGUUUUAACAACCAGUCCCGUCGCUCCAGUUCACAGAAAAGCAAGACUUUUAACAAGAUGCCUCCUCAAAGGGGCGGCGGCAGCAGCAAACUCUUUAGCUCUUCUUUUAAUGGUGGAAGACGAGAUGAGAGACUGGAUCUCACUGUGUUGUCUAGGCUGUUCUUGAACUCCUGGCCUCAAGCGAUCCUCUCAUCUUGGCCUCCCAAAGUGCUGGGAUUACAGGUAGCAGAGGCUCAACGGGCAGAGUUUAGCCCUGCCCAGUUCUCUGGUCCUAAGAAGAUCAACCUGAACCACUUGUUGAAUUUCACUUUUGAACCCCGUGGCCAGACGGGUCACUUUGAAGGCAGUGGACAUGGUAGCUGGGGAAAGAGGAACAAGUGGGGACAUAAGCCUUUUAACAAGGAACUCUUUUUACAGGCCAACUGCCAAUUUGUGGUGUCUGAAGACCAAGACUACACAGCUCAUUUUGCUGAUCCUGAUACAUUAGUUAACUGGGACUUUGUGGAACAAGUGCGCAUUUGUAGCCAUGAAGUGCCAUCUUGCCCAAUAUGCCUCUAUCCACCUACUGCAGCCAAGAUAACCCGUUGUGGACACAUCUUCUGCUGGGCAUGCAUCCUGCACUAUCUUUCACUGAGUGAGAAGACGUGGAGUAAAUGUCCCAUCUGUUACAGUUCUGUGCAUAAGAAGGAUCUCAAGAGUGUUGUUGCCACAGAGUCACAUCAGUAUGUUGUUGGUGAUACCAUUACGAUGCAGCUGAUGAAGAGGGAGAAAGGGGUGUUGGUGGCUUUGCCCAAAUCCAAAUGGAUGAAUGUAGACCAUCCCAUUCAUCUAGGAGAUGAACAGCACAGCCAGUACUCCAAGUUGCUGCUGGCCUCUAAGGAGCAGGUGCUGCACCGGGUAGUUCUGGAGGAGAAAGUAGCACUAGAGCAGCAGCUGGCAGAGGAGAAGCACACUCCCGAGUCCUGCUUUAUUGAGGCAGCUAUCCAAGAGCUCAAGACUCGGGAAGAGGCUCUGUCGGGAUUGGCUGGAAGCAGAGGGGAGGUCACUGGUGUUGUGGCUGCUCUGGAACAACUGGUGCUGAUGGCUCCCUUGGCGAAGGACUCUGUUUUUCAACCCAGGAAGGGUGUGCUGGAGUAUCUGUCUGCCUUCGAUGAAGAAACCACGGAAGUUUGUUCUCUGGACACUCCUUCUAGACCUCUAGCUCUCCCUCUGGUAGAAGAGGAGGAAGCAGUGUCUGAACCAGAGGCUGAGGGGUUGCCAGAGGCCUGUGAUGACUUGGAGUUAGCAGAUGACAAUCUUAAAGAGGGGACCAUUUGCACUGAGUCCAGCCAGCGGGAACCCAUCACCAAGUCAGGCUUCACACGCCUCAGCAGCUCUCCUUGUUACUACUUUUACCAAGCGGAAGAUGGGCAGCACAUGUUCCUGCACCCUGUGAAUGUGCGCUGCCUCGUGCGGGAGUACGGCAGCCUGGAGAGGAGCCCCGAGAAGAUCUCGGCAACUGUGGUGGAGAUUGCUGGCUACUCCAUGUCUGAGGAUGUUCGACAGCGUCACAGAUAUCUCUCUCACUUGCCACUCACCUGUGAGUUCAGCAUCUGUGAACUGGCUUUGCAACCUCCUGUGGUCUCUAAGGAAACCCUAGAGAUGUUCUCAGAUGACAUUGAGAAGAGGAAACGUCAGCGCCAAAAGAAGGCUCGGGAGGAACGCCGCCGAGAGCGCAGGAUUGAGAUAGAGGAGAACAAGAAACAGGGCAAGUACCCAGAAGUCCACAUUCCCCUCGAGAAUCUACAGCAGUUUCCUGCCUUCAAUUCUUAUACCUGCUCCUCUGAUUCUGCUUUGGGUCCCACCAGCACCGAGGGCCAUGGGGCCCUCUCCCUUUCUCCUCUCAGCAGAAGUCCAGGUUCCCAUGCAGACUUUCUGCUGACCCCUCUGUCACCCACUGCCAGUCAGGGCAGUCCCUCAUUCUGCGUUGGGAGUCUGGAAGAAGACUCUCCCUUCCCUUCCUUUGCCCAGAUGCUGAGGGUUGGAAAAGCAAAAGCAGAUGUGUGGCCCAAAACUGCUCCAAAGAAAGAUGAGAACAGCUUAGUUCCUCCUGCCCCUGUGGACAGCGAUGGGGAGAGUGAUAAUUCAGACCGUGUUCCUGUGCCCAGUUUUCAAAAUUCCUUCAGCCAAGCUAUUGAAGCAGCCUUCAUGAAACUGGACACACCAGCUACUUCAGAUCCCCUCUCUGAAGAGAAAGGAGGAAAGAAAAGAAAAAAACAGAAACAGAAGCUCCUGUUCAGCACCUCAGUCGUCCACACCAAGUGACACUACUGGCCCAGGCUACCUUUUCCAUCUGUUUUUUUUGUUUUUGUUUUUUUCCCCCAUGCUUUUGUUUGGCUGCUGUAAUUUUUAAGUAUUUGAGUUUGAACAGAUUAGCUCUGGGGGGAGGGGGUUUCCACAAUGAGGGGGAACCAAGAAAAUUUUAAAUACAGUGUAUUUUCCAGCUUCCUUUCUUUACACCAAAAUAAAGUAUUGACACUCACAAGAGAUCUCUUCCUACCAAGGUUUUUAGUUCAUUGCCAGUUUAGUCUUUUUGACCCAUGUGUAAUCAAUUUUUCUCAACCCAAAAUAAGAUUGAGUCCCUUUCAGAUGCAUUAGAGCAGUCCAGCCCAGAAUGGCACACACUGCUCUGCUGUAGCAUCAUGUCAGGGCUUCCUGGGCUCAGCACACCUCUCAGUUUAUCUUUUAAAAAAAACAGCUGAAUCUUUACUACCUAUUUAGUUCUCCUUGUUAAAGAAAUGAGUGGGAAUAAAAUGGAUUUAGGACACCCA